UUGUUAUUACAUAAAUUGUCAAAUAUUGUGUAGAUUAUUGGAUUUGCACUCAAAUAUUUGGUUUAAUCGAGGGAAUGGCCGCACUAAUUAGAAAUCUGGGUACCAGGAUUGCUUCCGCCGCCUUGACGGCCAAGCAUGUGGUACCCGCUGGAACAGCUGCCCUGCGUAUGCAAAGUACUGCUCCAGUUGAUGCCAAGGCAUCAGAGAAGCCUACUGUACGCAAGCCGGAUGCAGCUGCUCGCACCAGCCUCUCAGAAUUUGGUCGUUACGUUGCCGAGUGCCUGCCCAAAUAUGUGCAGAAGGUGCAGCUGACUUCUGGUGAUGAGCUGGAGGUACUCAUCGCGCCCGAGGGCGUUGUGCCGGUGCUCCAGUUCCUUAAGGAUCAUCAUCAGGCGCAGUUUACUAAUCUGGUCGACAUAGCUGGCAUGGACGUGCCGUGCCGCAAAAAUCGAUUUGAGGUUGUUUACAACCUGUUAUCGCUGCGCUUUAAUUCUCGCAUCCGGGUAAAGACCUACACCGAUGAGCUGACCCCGCUAGAUUCGGUCUGUGAGGUUCACAAGGCAGCCAAUUGGUACGAGCGUGAGAUUUGGGACAUGUAUGGUGUCUUCUUUGCCAAUCACCCCGAUUUACGCCGUAUCCUCACUGAUUAUGGUUUCGAGGGCCAUCCACAGCGCCGCGACUUUCCGUUGUCCGGCUACGUUGAGCUGCGCUAUGAUGAUGAGAAAAAGCGUGUCGUUUGCGAACCCUUGGAGUUGGCGCAGGAAUUCAGAAAGUUUGAUCUAUCGGCACCGUGGGAGCAGUUCCCAAAUUUCCGAAAUGCAAACCCAGCAUCAGAAGUGGUGCAACCAGCUGCGGCUGCCGCUGGAGCUAAGAAGUAAGCAAAUGGAAAGUUUACAGCGUGUUGUUAAAUGGUAAUUAGAUGAAAACAUCAAUAAAAGCGAUAUAUAGAAAUUGUAAA